AAACACACACAAAGAGAGAGAGAGAGAGAGAGAGAGACACAUUUUACCAGCCAGUUGAAAACAAGAUGUGUACAGUUUGCCGCAAAAGGAUUGAAAUUUUAACAAAUGAAAUGGCAUCACACACACACACACACUCACUCACUCACCAAGGUACAACGACAACGUUCGAUUACUUUCUAGAUUGAGCAAAACAACAUACCGUUACCGGCUUUUGGCAUGUGCAAACAUGAAACUAGACAGUGCUAGUAGCCAUUGCAAAGUGAAAUACGCAUCAGCCGCAGACAUUGAACAACAAUUGAAGUGAUCGGACGCAUACAUUAUUUUGUCUUCUCAAUCCGUUGAUACAGUCUGAUUUUAAAACAUUUAUUAUUCGGUGAAAAUCAUCGACACAAAAGUUUUGUUUAAAGUGUGCUCACAACACAAAAUUUUUUUAGCAUCGAACGCUCGCAUUUCUUGAAGUUUUUUUCCGUUCGUUUGUCACAGCAAAUUACAGUGAUUGAAAUUGGUCAAAGCCAGUGUGAAACGGGAGACCAAUUUUCGAAUUGCGCAUGAAUUCAACGGGAAAAAAAGUCAAAAUCAAAUUCAAAUUUUGUAGCAACACGAACCAAAAGUACUACGCAUUAGUGCUAACCAUACUUUCGAACAAAACAAAAUACCGUUAACGGCUUUUUGCAUGUGCAAACAUGAAAAUAUAACUAUACAGAUCUAGUAGCCAUUGCAUGUCGAUUCAAAGAGAGACACGCAUCAGCCGCAGACAGUGAACAACAAUCGAAGUGAUCGGACGCAUACAAUAUUUCGUCUUCUCAAUCCGUCGAUACAGUUUAGUUUUGAAAUAUUUAUUAUUCGGUGAAAAUCAUCGACACAAAAGUUUUGUUUAAAGUGUGCUCACAACACGAAAUUUUUUUAGCAUCGAACACUCGCAUUUCCUGAAGUUUUUUUCCGUUCGUUUGUCACAGCAAAUUACAGUGAUUGAAAUUGGUCAAAGCCAGUACGAAACGAGAGACCAAUUUUCAACGGAAAAAAAGUCAAAAUCAAAUUCAAAUUUUGUAGCAACACGAACCAAAAGGUAUGAAUAAUUAAAACUAUUAAAUUGGCGUCGAUUUGUAAACUUGGACAAAAUCAAUAAGCCGAGUCAACAGUUUGACUUUUCAUUCACCACCGAUGGAUGUUCAGCCCAUUUGAAAAUGAUUCGGCGAUCCAAGAACGUUAACACCAACAAUAACAACAACAAUGAUGAUGCAGUUCCGAAUCCAGGACAACCGGAUCCAGUGCCGCCAAUCAUUCAACGUGCUUACGAUUCAGGACAAAUUGAGAGAAUUAUCGGUUGUGAUCCGGGCUACAGAGAAUUUGUGGGGGUCGUACGCAAAGAUUUAGCGACCGACAAUGAAGAAAAUUUUCUGAAAUCAUCGAAAGAGUGGCACCAUAUGACCGGUUUUUUCGAACGCCAAUACAAACUAAAGCGAUUUACGGGUGCAUUUGAGAAAAAAUGUCGUAAGCUGCGUGAAAAUCGUGAAAUCUAUGAGGAAAUGCCAUCGAAGAAAAGUGCCGACUACCGUACCUAUCUGGAUUACCAGCUGGAUGUAUUCAAUGAAUCAUGCGAGAUAAAGUAUCAAAAACGUGUGGUUCGUUUAAAGUUUGAUGCAUAUACACGUACGCAGGUAGCAUUGCAUGUGUUGGUAAAGCAAAUGACAAAAGUCGAUCGUAGAAUGUCGGAUGCUGAGAAAACAGUGAUAUUGGCAUUUGGUGGUGCAAAAUUUGCAUCAAACUCACCCAUCAAAGGAUAUCUACGGUGUCCGCAUCGUGCAUUGCAACAAAUGGCACGUGAAUAUGUAUUCGUUUUGCCAAUCAACGAACACAACACAUCGCAGAAGUGUAGUCGAUCAGGACGUAAGCUGAAGAAACGAAGAAGUGUACCAGAACGUCAAUCAAAAGACCGUUUUCUAGUUUGCCCCAACUGUAAACCGGUCGAAGAUGGCGUUUUUCACGAUCCAAUUCAAUGGACAGGCAGAGUUCAUCGUACUUUCAAAAAGAAACAUCAAGAAUGGAAAUACCGUUCCAUAUGUACAUUCCAUCGACCGGUUCCAGAAGCAGAAGCAAAUCCAAAUCCACAACCAAGACAAAAGAAAAAGAGAUACCAGAAGCAGUUGGAACCGAAAACAACAGUUAUAUUCAAUCGCGACAUAAAUGCAGCGAGAAAUAUGAUUAAGAAAGGAUUGUACAUGUUGAAUCAUCUGCCGAUGCCAAAUUGUUUUCGACCAUUCAGGCAUCAACUCCAUUAUUACUACAAUUAAAAUCAAAAAUAAAAUUAUAAGCACGGACGUCUACGCGAACAUUCUCACAAUGGGAAUCUCAUUGUUUCAAACAAUGAUACCAAGACGUAGUAGUGGACGAUGCUAACAAGUACUAGAAAUAGUAACUGUCAAACGCACCGUGGAGACGCCAUAUAAUUUUUUUCUUGUUUGUUUUCAUGACGGAAUGCCCGUUAUGAAUAUUUAUGAUCGUGGAAAAUGUAAAUUUACAGAAUAUUUCCUUGUGUGGACA